CAUUCCCCACACAAACACUCCUUAUAGAAUCGACUGGGCUCGCUGGUGCCUAACAAAUAAACCGAAGACUGGUAGUAAAUAGAUAGUUGAAGGCGUACUGCCGUUCUCAAAGUAUUUUUUUUUAAUCUUUCCGACAUUAAUACCGGACCCACGUGAAGCCGCUGGGCUGAGGAAACCGCGAGUCAUCACCCAUUGACGCUACCAAAAGACACGUAACGUCUGUAAACAUUGAAACGUCUGAAGCUAAGUGCAGACAGACACACGCCCCUGAGGACUGCUUUUAAAUAUUUACAGCCAGCCUUUCCUUUCGUAGGACCGCGUACCGGGAGACCUCCAGCGGAACAAAGAUAUGCAGUCUUCAGCACAGCGCUGACACGCCUCACUCUGGUUCAACACAACCAUGGAGUCUUCCUCCGAGUCCCAGCAGGAGGCUGAGAAAACUUUGCACCAUGCAGAGUUGAGAGAGCACCAUGCCACCUCCGCUGCCAUAGUGUGCGGUGAUGACACCAUCAUUCUGACCCCAAGCAGGAUGAGCCAGCGCCAGGUGAAGGAGCGGGACAAGGAGAGGGAGCGGGAGAAGGAGGUGGGCCUCCAAACGCCUAACAGGGAGCACAUUGCCAUCCCCUCUACUCUCAGCCCAGGGGUCAGCUACAGCCACGGUUUUGAAAGAGGGAAGGAGGACCUCUUGCCGCUGCCUUUGAAAGAGGACUCUCAUUCUAUAUCUAAGAGCAAGUCUGAAACAAAGCUGUACAAUGGUUCAGACAAGGAUGUGUCGGCGUCUGGAGGGAAGCUCACCAAAAAGGAGUCCCUCAAGGUGCAGAAGAAGAACUACAGGGAAGAAAAGAAGAGGGCAACUAAGGAGCUGCUUAGCACCAUCACUGAUCCUUCUGUCAUCGUCAUGGCCGACUGGCUAAAGAUCCGUGGCACUUUGAAAAGCUGGACCAAGCUGUGGUGUGUGCUGAAACCAGGUGUCCUGCUCAUCUACAAAACUCACAAAAACGGACAGUGGGUGGGAACAGUGCUGCUCAAUGCCUGCGAGCUCAUCGAGAGGCCCUCCAAGAAGGACGGCUUCUGCUUCAAACUCUUUCACCCACUGGAGCAGUCCAUCUGGGCUGUCAAGGGUCCUAAAGGAGAAGCAGUCGGCUCCAUCACUCAGCCAUUACCCAGCAGCCACCUCAUUUUCCGUGCUGCCUCCGAGUCUGAUGGCCGAUGCUGGAUGGAUGCCUUAGAGCUGGCCCUGAAGUGCUCCAGCUUGCUGAAGAGGACCAUGAUCCGUGAGGGGAAGGAUGACAUGAGUUCAGUGGGCACUGGUGGAGAACACUCCAUUAAUUUCUACAGCCUCCUCAGAGCCCACAACAUGCACGGUUUCCAGUUCAAUGACAGCGACCAUUUGAAAGACCCAGACCUGUACUCAGACAAGUCAGAUCGGGAAGGAGAACAGGACCACGAGGAGUCAGAUCCAGAGGGCCUGGAGAAAAGUGAGGAGAGUGACAGCGACACAUCAGAGCGUCAGGAUGACUCGUAUAUUGACCUGGACCCAAAUGAGCAUCUCCGGGAAACCCCAUACCUGGAACAGUCCCAGGAGGAGUUAGGAGAGGCUGGUGAGGCUGCUCAGACAGAAACCGUGUCAGAGGAGAAUAAAUCUCUGAUAUGGACCCUGCUGAAGCAGGUUCGACCUGGCAUGGAUCUGUCCAAGGUUGUGUUGCCCACUUUCAUCCUGGAGCCAAGAUCCUUUCUGGACAAACUCUCUGAUUACUACUACCAUGCAGACUUCCUGUCAGAGGCUGCGAUUGAAGAGAAUGCCUAUAACCGGAUGAAGAAGGUGGUGAAGUGGUACAUCUCUGGAUUUUACAAAAAGCCAAAGGGGUUGAAGAAACCUUACAACCCCAUAAUUGGAGAGACGUUUCGCUGCAUGUGGCUCCAUCAGAAGACCAAUAGCAAGACCUUCUACAUCGCAGAACAGGUAUCUCAUCAUCCUCCAGUAUCAGCCUUCUAUGUCAGUAACAGGAAGGAUGGAUUCUGCCUCAGUGGCAGCAUCCUCGCCAAGUCCAAGUUCUAUGGCAACUCCCUGUCAGCUAUAUUGGACGGGGAGGCUCGCCUCACUUUUCUCAACCGAGGGGAGGACUACGUGAUGAACAUGCCCUACGCUCACUGUAAAGGCAUCCUGUAUGGAACUAUGACCCUGGAGCUGGGUGGUCAUGUCACCAUUGCAUGUGAGAAAACGGGCUACAGUGCACAGCUGGAGUUCAAACUAAAGCGACAGCCAUUCCUGGGCAGCAGUGACUGCGUCAAUCAAAUCUCUGGAAAGAUCAAGCUGGGAAAGGAGGUGUUAGCUACACUAGAAGGACACUGGGAUAGUGAGGUCUUCAUUAAUGAUAAGAAAACUGGGAUAAUGGACACUUUCUGGAACCCCACGCCGGAGCUGAGGCAGAGCCGGCUGACUCGCUGCACCGUCCCACUAGAGGAGCAGGGAGAGUUUGAGUCAGAAAGAUUGUGGCAGCAAGUGACGCGGGCCAUCAACAACAAGGACCAGACCGAGGCCACCAAUGAGAAGUUCGUACUGGAGGAAGCUCAGAGGAAGUCGGCCCGCGAGCGGAAAGCCAAAUGCGAGGAGUGGAAUCCCGCCCUGUUCGAGCAGGACGCCAUCACUGGAGAGUGGCAUUACAGAUAUGCUGACACAAGGCCUUGGGAUCCACUCAAUGAUUUGAUCCAGUUCGAGAAAGACGGCUGUAUCCAGACCAAAGUCCGACACCGCACCCCUAUGGUACGUUCUGGCAGUCUUAUUAGUCUGAGUAACCAGGGGCCGCGGAGGGACAAUUGCAAAUGCCAGGUAACGGUGCCAAAGAGGAAACACAAGAGCGACACGCCUAAGAGCCCAGAGAGCGGCUGCUCCUCACCUGAACCCGACCGCCAAGACUCAUCUGGCAGCGAACGACACAAAGGCAAGCAUAACAAUCGGCUGAGGAAAAAAGGAGCAGACCUCAGCGAACUUCAAAGUGCCAUUGAAUCCAUAAAGCAGACACAGGAGGACAUUAACAGGACCAUUACCGUGCUGCGGAGUCGUGCCGCAACUCGGGUGGAGGGCAGCUCCUUCCUCCAGCAGCGUGACUACGUCAUCAUCAUUUUUCUCAUCUUCCUUCAGGUCCUGAUCAACUACAUCUUCAAGUAGCAGUCAUAAUCCCCCUCAGAUGUCCUCACACAACCACACACGCACAUAUACUCUGAACAUAUGGGGGGACUUAGACUUGUGAACUUUGACCUCUCACAAUAAGUGACUUCAACAGUCCCCUCCAGCUGUCUUUAUUAAACUCCUUUACAUGUAUCCAGAGAAGAGGACUCUUCCACACAGAGACUUUUUAAAAAACUGUUAUUUAUUUGGAGCCAGUUUAUUCUGAAAACCUGGAGAGAUCCACAGAUUUCAAAGUGGGGAGGAGAAGCGGAAAGGCGGAGCUAGAGGGCAGAGUUUGUGUGUGAUGAAAUCUUGACUGCCACCAUCAAGGCUUUAUUGAUUUGCUUGAUGUAAGAGGCAAAGACAGCAGCCAUUUUUUUUUAGCUGUUUGUUUUUUUUGUUUUCCUGAUGGAGUGAAACUGCUCUAAGGAUUCACAUUUCACCUUGAAUAACAGGUUGUCUUUUACCACGGAUCACACCUCCGAUUGUAACAGAGGACAAAUAUGUCUUUGAUUUUAAUGUUUUUGUUUUUACUCUUUUGUUUCUUUGCUUCGCGUACUCUUUGUGAAUCAAUGUCUGCUCGGAGCAGAAAACUAGUGGUAAGGGAGGGGGGGACAAUGUGGUCCAAUCUAUGUGACUUUUAUUUUUUUAUUCUAACGGCUGGGAAGUGGCCGAGAAAGACAAAAAAACACAAGGGACAUUGUCGGAAGGAACUAAAGCUAUAAUUUCUGCUGUAUAAUAAAACUCCACAUUUUGCAUACAAAGUCAGCAUUAAAAAAAAAAAAAAAAAGGGUCAGACAUU